AUGAUAUCAUUACAGUUCGCUACAGUUGUUCAUGCAUUAACAUUUUCAUCUCCUCCAAAUCAUUCCUCGUAUGUAAUCAAGGGUAGUAGCACUGCAGGAAAACGAACCGUAGAGGGGCCAAAUGCAGGGUGCUUCUCAUCUCCACCACGUGCAAUGCCUAGGGCGUGUUUGGCGGGUGCCACGGUUUCAGCGGAUGCGGGGAAAGAUGCAGUUGAAGAAGCGAUGAUGCCCAAACAUGUCGCUAUAAUCAUGGACGGAAAUGGAAAGUGGGCCAGAGAUAGAAAGUUGGCUGUUGGAGACGGCUUCAGAGCCGGUUGGCAGAAUCUCACAGCCCUCAUUUCCAACUGUUGUGACCUCAAAAUCAAUACUCUAACAAUCUUCGCCUUUUCCAACGACUCUAAACGAUCCCAAAUGGAAGUGGACAUAAUGAUGAGAGCUACAGAAAAUUACAUACGAACGGAUGCCAAGGAGCUUAUAACAAGACAUGAUAUACUAUUUUCCAUGAUUGGGGACAAAUCAAGACUGCCGGUGUCUCUACAGUCGUCGAUUUCUUGGGCUGAAGAGACUAGCAAAGGUAACAAAGGAAUGAAUUUGGUUAUGGCCGCUAACUACAGCGGCCGCGACGACGUCGUACAAGCCACCAAAAGGGUCACCACCAAAGUAGAACGAGGGAUUCUACGAGCCACGGAGAUCGACGAAGCCAUGUUCGAACAAGAGCUGAUGACCAACGCCGUCGAAUUCCCAAACCCUGACUUAUUGAUUAGGACAAGUGGUGAGCUGACAAUCAGCGGCUUCCUUCUAUGGCAGUUGGCCUAUACAGAAUUCUACUUUGCAGAUAAAUUGUUUCCUGAUUUUGGUGAAGAUGAUCUUCGCCGAGCACUUGCUUCUUAUGGUUGCAGGCAGAGACGCUACGGCCAGCGGAAGGAUUAA